ACCACCCCCUGGCCCACUACAACCACCCCCUGGCCCACUACCACCACCCCUGGCCCACUACAACCACCCCCUUGCCCACUACAACCACCCCCUGGCCCACUACCACCACCACUAGGCCCACUACCACCACCACCUGGACCACCACCAUCCCAGGAAGCCUGUAUCCCUCCACUGCUCCCCUCAGCAAACUCCCUCUGCAUUUCUCUCUUCUGGUGGACUCUAGUGUUCCGUCCUGCGAUGAGGGUAUGUACCUGCCCAGGUUUGUGCAGCCGACACCACACAACGGAGAACAUCUCCACGCCGAGGUCAACAAAGAGCUGGAGUUCAGGGUCAAGGCCGAGGCUACACACUCAACGAUUAAUGAUGUCAUCGUCAGUGGACCUCUGAACAUCACCAAUGUCAUGACUACCCAGGGGGAGUUUGUCAUCCGGUGGACACCCAUCCGGGACAAUCUGGGGGAGUAUUUCCCCAUUUGCUUCAUCGCUGAGGGGAUUUCUGGAUCUAGUGUCUAUCAGUCUGAGAUGAGAUGUGUUGUGGUGGAGGUUGGACGCAGAAAGGUCAAAGCCAAGGUGGUGUGUGACGAGACCAAGAUGACGGUAGAAGUGGAGAAGUCCUCUGUUACUGAAAUUCACGAGGACCACCUCCGCCUCAACGAUCCCAGUAACUCUGCCUGCGACCUGCAACGCCUCUCUAACAGCACCCACAUCAUUGGAGUCAUCCCCCUCAAUGCCUGUGGCACUCAGAUAGAGGAGGACGACGACAACCUCAUCUUCAAGAACCAAAUCACCACCUUCGACAACCCCAACGACAUCAUCACCAGGCACCACCAGGUGGAGUUCCAGUUCUACUGCCAGUACGCCAAACGUGGCAACGUGUCCCUGGGCUUCACUGCACACAGGGACAGCAUCACGGUGCUGGAGAAAGGCUUCGGCACGUUCACCUACCAGUUUGAGUUCUACCAGACCAGCCAGUUCGCCAACAUGGUGGAUCCCCGUGACUACCCGUUAGACGUGGAGGUGAAGCAGAUGAUCUACAUGGACAUCGAGGCCGUGUCCACUGUGAACAACACUGAGCUCUUUGUGGAGUCCUGCAGAGCGGCGCCGUACGACAACCCCGACUACCAUCCCACCUACCCCAUCAUAGAAAACGGGUGCAUUGUGGACGAGACGGUUCAAAUCUUCUCACCGCGUCACCAGAGGCAUUUCCAGUUCGGAAUGGAAGCUUUCAAAUUCAUCGGAAUGCAUGACCAGGUGUACAUCAGCUGUUCAGUGAUCCUGUGUGAGGCUGGGAACCCCAACACCCGGUGUGCCCAGGGCUGCGUCAACUCCACCUCCCCCCAACCUGCUGGUCACCACCACCACCGCAAGAGAGAGGCCGCCAUGCAAACGGCCAAACACCACAUCUCCCAGGGUCCUUUGCGCCUGAGAAAGAGUUCAGAGAGCUCAGUGACCAACGUGAACAUGGGGUUGAUGGUUGGGUGUAUCGUAGCAGCCGUUGCCAUGCUGUGCGGAGUGAUGCUCUACAAGUCCAAAACAUCAGGCGUUAAAUACCAGCCCCUGACCACAUUUGAGACUUAGUCCCAUGGCAGCCAUCCUUUCACAUGUAGUCUGCAUUAUAGAAAGAAGGAUGGUGGGAAAUAUUGAACAUUUGAAAAGUGGUCUCUGACUUUAACGAUGAAAUGUCUCUUGAGAUCAAUACAAGAAUAUGCAUUAAUCCAUAAACGGACUUAGCGGUGACUCCGAUUAUAACAAUGUGUCUUGGCUGACCAGGUAAAAAGUUCUGAAUAGCCACUCGAGCACCAGUAGGAUUGCAGGUGUUCAUAUAAUCACAGGAAGCUGCUGAGGGGAGCACAGCUUAUAAUGUCCGGAAUGGAGAGAAUUGAGUGAAUGGUAUUUGAUUCCAUUCUACUCGUUUCACUCCAGCCAUUACCAUGGUCCCGUGAUCCCCAAUUAAGGUGCCACCAACCUCCUGUGAUGUAUAUAGAUUUACUGUAUCCUGUCCUAUACGCAUUUGACCCAUAUAGUGCCCUCUAGUGUACAAAUGAAAUGUAAUUUACAAAUACAGAACAGCUAAAAACCACACAACAUCCGUAGAGGUUUGGCCCAAAUGUCUCCUACAACUUGUUUGACCAGUUUAACUCCUGCUUCUUAUUAUUGUCUGUAUUGUGAUUUGAUUAACAUCCUGCAUGAUCCAACAUGGCUGCCCUGUUACAUAUGGUCAUCAGUGGAGCAGAAGUGCUUUGAUUAACAUCCUGCAUGAUCCAACAUGGCUGCCCUGUUACAUAUGGUCAUCAGUGGAGCAGAAGUGCUUUGAUUAACAUCCUGCAUGAUCCAACAUGGCUGCCCUGUUACAUGUGGUCAUCAGUGGAGCAGAAGUGCUUUGAUUAACAUCCUGCAUGAUCCAACAUGGCUGCCCUG